AUGGUGGAGGAACCGUCCGCCAAGCGUCAUCAUGGCGAGACGUCGACCAAGAGCAGCAACCUCGUCAACGUUCACGUCCCCGGCGAGAAGUGCGAGUACACCAAAACCCUCACAGGGCUUGAGCUCCACGGCAAGAAGACACUGGAGAUCAUCUGCACCAGCGAACCAGACAAGGCCGACGAGAUGAUCUCCAGGCUCUGGAGGAAAGCUGGUGGCUCGCAUCAUAAGAUCAUCAGCCUUGGUGUGCACUACACCAAGGAAGACGAACCUACCAAGAUGAUAGCAGUCUUGCAGUUGUGCGUGGAGGAACUAUGCCUGGUGUACCACAUCACAGCGGCCACGAAAUGGUGA